GGGGGGGGGGGGAGCGAAUCACGUGGGAAGCUGAAGGCGCGCGCGGCGGUUGGCGAAGCGGCGUCGGCGAGGCGUUAUGCCGUCAUUUCCGGCCGCGGCCAAGAAGCCGGUGGUGGUUUGCUCGGGUGGCGGCGGCGGCGGCGCGUUCGCGGAACGAAAACGAGACGGACCCGGCUAGAGGGAUAGCGGUUCCCCCGCCCUGCCAUGGCCUCCCUGCUCAAGGUGGAUCCGGAAGUGAAGAUCAAGGUACGGAGGGAAGCGGGGCCGGAGAGGGGCGGGAAGGAGGCGAGAGCGGCUGAGUUGCUUCGCGGGGCGGGCGUGCCCCGGAGCAUGUGCAGAGCGCCGGCCUCCGGAAGGAGGAGGGAGGGGUUUUCCCCGGGGCGCUUCAGCCGCGGCUCCUCUCCGCUUACGGGGAGAGCGGGCCGGUUGCCAUGGAGGGCUGAGGCCCUGCUGGCCCAGCGCCCUUGGGGGGGGUCUGUCCCGGGCCCGUCAGACCCCGCACCCCGCUUAGCCAAGACACAACGGGCCUGGCUCGCCACCUUGCCACUUAAAGAGGGAGGCGGUAGGAACCCUUAGCCGCGCGCCUUAAGAUUUUCGGAUUGGAUCCCUGCCUCUUGGGAAGUUGGCAUGAUCACACCGAGUCUUCUUGCACGAUUGCAAGGGAACCGGGUGUGGGUUAAACCACAGAGCCUAGGACUUGCCGAUCACAAGGUCGGCGGUUCGAAUCCCUGCGACGGGGUGAGCUCCCGUUGCUCGGUCCCUGCUCCUGCCAAUCUAGCAGUUUGAAAGCACACCGGUGCAAGUAGAUAAAUAGGUACCGCUCGGGCGGGAAGGUAAACGGCGUUUCCGUGCGCUGCUCUGGUUCGCCAGAAGCGGCUUAGUCAUGCUGGCCACAUGACCCGGAAGCUGGACGCUGGCUCCCUCGGCCAAUAAUGCGAGAUGAGCGCCGCAACCCCAGAGUCAGUCAAGACUGGACCUAAUGGUCAGGGGUCCCUUUACCUUUAAGGGACCUGGGGGGGUCAUCUAGGCCAGCCCCCCUGAAAUGCAGGGAUAUUUCGCCCAACGUGGCCCUCGAACCCACGACCUUGGGAUUAAGAGUGGCUGGAGAAACCCAGACAGAUGAACGGGUAUAAAUAAAUUAUUAUUACUUGUUGGGUCUCUGGACCAUAAUAAAGAUUGAUGAUGAUAUCAAAUUAGUAUUACAGUGGUACCUCAGGUUAAGAAAUUAAUUCAUUCCGGAGGUCCGUUCUUAACCUGAAACUGUUCUUAACCUGAAGCACCACUUUUAGCUAAUGGGGCCUUGCACUGCCGCUGCACGAUUUCUGUUCUCAUCCUGAAGCAAAGUUCUUAACCCAAGGUACUACUUCUGGGUUAGUGGAGUCUGUAACCUGAAGCGUAUGUAACCCGAGGUACCACUGUAUUAUUAUUAGAGUCGUGUUCUACCGAUGGUGCAUCUUUUCUGCCCCAGCUGCUGAUCAUUGGAACUACACUGCCUCUGGCCACAGGGGAUGCUCUCUGCUUGAUUCUGACAGGCCAAGGGCACCUGCCGUUGCUGCAUCCUGCAAUGGUGGCUUCUUUAGGCUGCUUGGAUGUUACUGUUUUUUACCUGCCCUGCGGAGGGUGGGUUUAUUCAGAUCAAAGGGAUUUGAGGAAAAAGUCUCCAUUUAAGUCAAACUUCCAAGUUUAUAGUAACUCGUAUAUUUCCCAAGCAAGCAAUGCAUUCUGGCUGGUAAAGCACACCUGUUUGCAUCUAAAUUUAUUAUAUCGUCCAGGAACGUGCUAUACACCUCAGAUCAUUCACCCAAUAUGACUUUUGCCCUGGCGAGAUUUUAUCAGCCUAGAAGAGUAAUUGCCAAAUUAAGGAUUUCUGUGUGAAGUUAAGGAAUGAUAAGCAAGGCUGUGUUUUGGAAGCUCAGUACUGUACUCAGAACUGUGAGUUGGCAUGUAGCAGCUGGUCAGAAUAGAUAGAAAUUAGAUGGCCGUGCCACUUGACAGCAUGCUUAUUCAACAUUUGAAGAAUAAUAUAUACAAAAAUAUAUACAAUGCAUGACCUAUUGUGCAAUAUUUAUAAUGUUUCACUUAAGAGGUCACAUAGUGUUCCUCAGGAUUCAUUUUUCAUGUAUAAUAAUAAAAAAUCAGGCUUUAGCUCAGAUCAGUUUGAUAGAGCGUACUAGAUCCAGUUUCAUGGGUAUUUUUAAUGGUUAUGUUCCACUUAGGAUUUCAUUUGAACCCCAGCUAUUUUUAACAGUUUUUUUAAAGAAAAUGUUUUAUUUAAAAAUUUAAGAGCCAUUUCUUGUCCUGAAUUGAGAGCCUAUCAAUUUUCUCUAUUUUUUUCUCUUCUACCCAGCCUUAAAGUUAAGUUUCAGACUGGUAGCAUGUAGGAAAUAGUUCUGGCUCCGUUGCAUUUUAUAUAUGUAUUACUAUUCACCUGUCAAUUUUCUGUUGCGGUAAUGGGCUUUUUUUGCGCAAACUUUCUUGUAGUUUAAAGUGCAGACUUUCUUAUAAUCGGUCUGGAUAGAAGUCUUGCGUGGUCCUUUUUUGCUGCUUUGUGUUUGGGAGAGCUUCCCAUUUUAAAAAUUAGUUUGCCCAUUCACCUAUUUUUAGGUAGCUGUUAAAUUGUUUACUGCUUAUUUUAUUUAAUGUAUUUAUACCUUGGUCUUCAGCUGACAAUAAAUCUUGCAAAGAUCAGGGAGGGAAAACAGGCCUUGCCUGCAGGCUUUCAACUUAAACACAGCACAAGAUUGGGAGGGGAGAAGGUAAAAAAGCAAACUCAUGCACUAGUUCUUAAUUAUAAAGCUCAACAGCUUUUAAUUCAACAGAUCAUGGAGCUGGGUCUAAACAUAAUGGAGAAACUGCUGCUUCCUCCCCCUCUGACAUCAGUGGUGGCAGUUGGUAGUUACAGCAGGAUGGUGCUGAGGCAAAGCUGCGGCGAAGCAUAUUUUUUUUUGAGGGGGGGGAGUAUCAGAGUGCUGCCCCCUCUUCUUCUGGUGGCCUCAAGGAUGGCAGCUGGCUAUUGAAAACAGUGCUUUUCAGGAAUAGGGCACCUGUAUUCAGAUGCAUAUUUGGAGGUGUGUCUGUUUUGCUUUCUGAUCCUGCAAGUGAUCAUCAUGCUCUGAUCUCCUACAUUGGAUUGAAGUAAAAAGCCAUCCAUGCGAGGGGUCAGGGAUGGGAACUCUGUCUUUCCCUGGACCCUCUUUAGUCCCUUUGCCCCCCCCAUACGCUCGUUAAUAUUUGAAACCAAGAUAGUGUUGUGUAUUAUUUUUAAAAAGCAGGAGAUGAAACAGAAGAAAAUGGAGAAGCAAAACUGUUUCUUCCCUAGUCUUCACUUGAUCUCUGUUAUUGCUAACAGAUCAUGGGUAAAAAAGAGGGUGGUAGAGUAGAAACAUCUCUGCUAGACCCUAUAUUCUUGCACAAAAGUAGUUGGGGAGGAUUUCUUCUGGCCGCCGCUACCAUCCCAACCUACCUGAGCAAAGGGUGGCAUACUUCCCUCUGCUGCCAGGGAAUACAGUGGUACCUCGGGUUACAGACGCUUCAGGUUACAGAUGCUUCAGGUUACAGACUCCGCUAACCCAGAAAUAGUACCUCGGGUUAAGAACUUUGCUUCAGGAUGAGAACAGAAAUCGUGCUCCGGUGGCGUGGUGGCAGAGUUAGCUAAAGUGGUGCUUCAGGUUAAGAACAGUUUCAGGUUGAGAACGGACCUCCAGAAUGAAUUAAGUACUUAACCCGAGGUACCGCUGUAUUUGCAUCAGCAGAGGAAAGUAUGGUUGUCACAUCCCUUGAGCUGUUUCAGAGGAAGGAGCCUCAAAUACUUUUUCUAAAGAAGAUGAAGAGUGACAAGUAUGAGGGGAAGAGUUGUCCUGAGAGGUCAUUAGUAGGAGGGUUUUGGAAUUGUGAGGAGGGAGAAAGGGGGAGCAACUCUUGCCCCAUUUAUCUCCUAGCACAUAAUCAGAUUUAAUUUUUCAUUAUCAUCAAAACCCAAAUACAAAGCUCUUCAACUACAGAACAGUAAAACAUUAAAGCAAUUGUGAAACUAGCAAGAGUCAGCAGUAAAAUCUUUACACCCAGUACAGUGUUAAAACAGGCCAGAUGCCUAACUUGCCCCAAAGCUGCCUUGAGUAAAAAUACGUUCUUAACUUGUCCACUGAAAGACACGUGAUGGGGGACAGUGAGUGCUGCAAAAUUGGUGGCUCCAAGUAAUCCUGAAAGUGAAGGCUGCUUUCUGUCUAAGUAACAGACCAUGUGGAAAUAUGAUGCAAGCCUUGCUAUGCAAAUAUAUGACUUUGCAACCCACAUGUAGGAGGCAAAGUAUUGCUUCUCGUGACGCUUUAUGUGCUCUUCUUAAGUAAAAGGGAUUUAUAUUCUUUGGAGAAAAAACAAAACUGUGCUACAGCCUUGAGGCUGAAUCUAUCCAUUUCUGAUAACAUCCAGUGGGCAGAGGGACCACUUCUACUUUGAGGCAGUGGUGGUUGUUGUUUUUAAUGCAUAUUUGCCAUAGGUGAGGCCUAGAUCCAGUGUAUGGAGGAAAAAUAACAUUGGCUGACCCAUAUGCUAGCAUAAAGAAGUAGAGUAGACUGCUAUAAUUUGGAGGCUGUUUUGAAGGGAACAUAGGAGAUGGCCCCCUCAUCUGCUGUAACUUCUUAUACUGACACAUCAGCAGAUCUAAUGAUUGAUCAGAGGUAGGGCUGAGCAUUUGUCUGGUUUUCAACAUUGUGAUAUAUCACCAGCUAAACAUCACAAUACAGUGGUACCCCAGUUCUCAAACGUCUCCGUUGACUAACAUUUCAGAACUUGGAACGCCUAAAACCUGGAAGUACAUGCUUCCAUUUUCGAACACGCCCCAGAAGCAUAGCUGUCAACUUUUCCCUUUUCUUGCGAGGAAUCCUAUUUGGAAUAAGGGAAUUUCCCUUUAAAAAAGGGAAAAGUUGACAGCUAUGCUCAGCUUCCACUGCGUGUUUCUCAAUUUUCUCAAUGAAAUUUGCAGCCCGCCCUUUGCACCUCAGUUUUCGAAUGUUUCGGAACUCGGAACUGUCUUCCGGAACAGAUUAUGUUCAAGAACCGAGGUACCACUGUGUACCGAUAUAUCACAAUGUCUGAAAUAAGGAUGGAACAAUGUAGGGUAAUGUCCUGGCAACUGCCACAAUUAGGGUUGCAGAACUGACACAUUUUUACUUGAUUUUAACAUAUUGUUACACCUGUACAGAGCAACAGGGGUGGCAGGAAACAUGAGAGAAGAAAACCUCACAGUUUUCCCCAUGUCACAAUUUUUUACAUAGCUCACGGACCAAUCGUGAUAUAUCGCAGUGUCAGAUGUUAAGAAACCAUUACCGCAAUGUGGGUUUCAAACCAAUUAUUUAUCGGCAUCAGAGGGAUAUGUGUAGAAGAGAGCUCCAGUACUGGCAUAGCUUAAUGGAGCCAUCUUUGCAAGAAUUAGCUAUGUCAGUUGUUCAGGCAUGAGACAUAUUCUGUAGGCACUGCGUAUGUACAACUCAGAUAAAAACAAGGAAGGAUGGAAGAAGGCAGGUAAUUUUAGCCACUGGCUGGAGAUGGCAAGGCUAUGUUCUCUUGUGGAUAGUCUUGUGGGGGCUGCAUGCCAGGCAGGGCUUGCUGAAAGAGGGGAAGACCGAAGGCAUAGGCAUGUCCCAUUCAAACAAAUCCAGGCAUGCCAUCUAGCUGUGACAAGGACCAAUGAUCUGACUUAGUAUGGCCAGCUUCAUCUGUUUAUAUGCACAUGGGCCAAAAACACUCACUUUGGCAACUUGUUGCUCUGGCCUUAUGCGGUGACUGUUGGCAACAAUACUGCGCUGAGUUUGAAAAAGGAGCUAAAGAAUGGGUUGGUGCAGGAUAGGAAAAGAGAUUGUGGAUUCUCUAGUCGCAGCACCAAACUUCUAGAUGGCCAGGAAGUAAAGGUUUUUCCAACCCCGUAAUCCCCAGAAUCAGCGGGGUCUGUAAAAAACUUGGAACACGGCUAAAUAAUUUCAGAAAAAUGCUUUCAGGUGGUACAUAACUUUUUGUGCCCUGGGCUGUUGAUUCUAAGCAAAUUGUGGACCCCUGAGGCCCACAGUGGGUUUGAUCCCCAUAUGGGCCCCCUACAUAAUACUGCAUUGCAAGGGUUUGGACUAGAUGGCCCUCAGACAUCAUUCCCAACUCUACAGUUCUUUGAUUCUAUGAGAAUAUUGUGCUACUGUACAGAACACAGCUCCAUGUAUGCUUGGGUCACUGUUUUACCCAGUUUGGACUCUGUUCUAAACUGCUUCUCUUCUCUCCUGUAGGUAGACUCUUUCAGGGAGCGGAUCACAGGUGAAGUAAGUGUCAUGAUUCCUUCCCGCCACCUGCCCUUAAUGCUUAAGGGUCUGGAUGUUUCUGUUGCUGGAACAUCUUGCUGGAGACCCUUUGAUGACUCUUAAGAGAACUUCAGCUAGUCAAUUAGAAAGCUUGUCUGUAGCUCUGUUCUGGCCCCCGCAGUAUCCAAGGCUCAUGGCUUUUGCCUUUGGAAGUGGUUCUACUGGUUCAUACAGAGGGUUAAUUUGGGGUUAAUUUCUGAUCUGCCCAUUUGCAGAUAAUCUCAGUAUUAAUUCAUGCAUCACAGCUGGCUUUUCUUUGUCCUUCAGGCUGAGGAUCUGGUGGCAAGUUUUUUCCCAAAGAAGCUUUUAGAACUCGAUGCGUUCCUUAAGGUAAGAGUUGCAAGCCCAGUGCCUCUCACCUGGUUUUUCUUGUCCAGUAAGUGGCUUUUGACUAUAGCAGACUGAAUUAUUAUUAUUGUUAUUGUUAUUAUUAUAAUAUACCACCCUAUACCUGGGGGGGGGUCUCAGGGCGGGUUUGGUGUUGGAUUCAAGUUUGGUUGGUUCUGUUUAGGAAUGUGUUAAGCAAUUUAACAUUAUGCUUCGGCUAUUCUCCUUUCCUAGGAUCCCAUUCUGAACAUUCACGAUCUCACCCAAAUCCACUCAGAUAUGAACCUUCCUGUUCCAGACCCAAUCCUACUCACAAACAGUCAUGAUGGACUGGAUGGGGUAAGGUGGUUCACUUUACCUGGGUUUAAUAUUUGAGACGUUGAUCAAAACUGCAUAAUGCUCACAUUUACUGAGAGGGUCUGGACAGAGAUAAAGCUGUCUGGGAACUAGAAGCAAAAGCAGAUAGUUGCUUGUGUCAGGACCCGUGUCUUCCUCUCCAUAUUCUGUGUAUGCAGAAUAGAAUUUCCUGCCCUUUUGGCAUGAGUUAACCUCCUAUAGAAGAAUCAAAGAAAGCCAUGCACAUGACAAAUUUCUCAAAAGUUGAAGUUUUAUUUAUAAAUCGUCGGAAUUUCAAGACAAUUUAGGUACUUGUGUUUCAUUUUUGCUUGUUUGACUGAGAUGGCAAGUCAGGAACGUGAUUCUUAUACGUUCAAUUAAACUUAUUUAAUUAGUUAAGGAUGCAAAUGGUAUAUACUUACACCAAAUACACCUAUUAUUUUCUCUUCCUCUUUGCCUUCUUUGGGUCCUUUCUUUUUCCAUACCCUCCUUUUGUAAUUUCCUUUACCUAUUUCUCUUUUUCUCCUACAGUUUUAGUUAUUUGGAUAAACGCGCUUCUUUAGAUUUUAUGAUUUGAUACAAUACAUCCCCCCCCCCCCCCCGCAAAUAACUUUGUACAUAUUUGCUUUCUUUCUGUAAAAAAUAAUAACGUCCUCUUUGUUUUUUCAGCCCAAUAUGAAGAAGAGAAAGCUGGAAGACCGUGAUGAAACCUUCCAGGGUGAGUUCCUAAACUUCUACUGCUAAAUUCAUGGCAUCUGAUUGCUGUCAAUGCUGGUUUGGGAGCUUGUGUUUGUCUUACGAAACUUGUCCAAUUGAGUGAACACUCUGAGCAUACGGGGUUGGGAAAAUCCAGAAACCUUAAACUUUUAUAUUGGUGCCAAGGAAUUAAAGUAUUAAUUCACUGAUGUAAUUGUGGCCUGCUCCUUGACCAUAAAUUUGUCCCUGAUGCAGCUGCUUCGUACACAAUUGACUCCUAGGAAUUUGAAAUGAUCCCUUGAAAUACUCCAGCUUUUCUCUACUUUACUGCAGGAUGGCUGGAUCCUUAUGUUGUUUGAAUAUUACAGUGGUACAUUUGGUUCUCAAAAUUAAUCCAUUCUGGAAGUCCGUUCCAAAACCAAAGCGUUCCAAAACUGAGGCACGCUUUCCCAUAGAAAGUAAUGCAAAACGCAUUAAUCCUUUCCAGACUUUUAAAAACAACCCCUAAAACAGCAAUUUAACAUGAAUUUUACUAUCUAAUGAGACUAUUGAUCCAUAAAAUGAAAGCAAUAAUUAAUGUACUAUACUAUAAAAUAAAUAAGACAGUAUUGUAGAUGCUAAAAAUUAAAAUUAUUAUUUUUUCUUACCUGCACUGAUGAUAGUCAUUGCUUUUAUCCCUUUCUGCAGUCACACAAUCAAUCAAUCAAUCAAUCAAUCAGUAGCUGAACUCGAUUCCACACAGUCACAAAAACAAAUUAACCGAAAAAGCCUCAAAAACAAAAACGCAAAAUAAAUAGCAAAAACAAAAAUGCCAGACUUAAUCUGUUUGACUUCCGAGAUGUUUGAAAUCCCAGGCGCAGCUUCUGAUUGUUGCAGGUGCCCCAGAAACGUUCAGCUUCUGAAAAAUGUUCGAAAACUGGAACACUUACUUACAGGUUUUUGGCAUUUGAGAACCCAGGCGUUUGAGAACCAUGACGUUUGAGAACCAAGGUACCACUGUACUGCCAAGAUGUUGUAUGGUUGAAAUUCAUUUGCAAUUAAUUGGGAAAGCCACAGUUGCAUUAUUUGUGGCCUGGCUUACGCUGUCAGUCUUCUAAUUCACAACAUGAAGUUUCAAAGAACAGAAACGGAGCGUAGGGAUCCCAGGUUUGAGAGUUCAAAGCCACUAUUUUUGAAAUUAACUAAAAAGAUAGUGCCCCCCCACAAAUAAAUCACUGGAAUUCAAUUCCUAUGUCAUUAAAUGGUCAAAAUCAAUAAUAUCUAAGCAGCAGCUAAUUUUAAUAGCUAUGUGGAAGAGGACAUUUGAGCAGGUGCAACUUUUCAGAUCCUGCAGUUCUGUGUGAUGAUAAAUUCCGCCUGCUGAAAUUCCCUACUGCACAACUUUUUAAAGAUAUAUGGCUCCUGCAAAGGUUGUUACCUCCUAUAUUAAUGUGGUGGUGUUGUUGGUGUGUGGUUUUUGUUUGUUUGUUUGUUUUUUUAUUAUUAUUUUACAAAUAUAAAUUUAUAACAUUCCAAACACAUAUGCAUAUAUAGAGAUAACUCUGAAUCUCGAGACUUCCCCCUAUCCCCUCCAUGGGUCCUAUUGUCAACAUUUACAACUGCAUAUUAUUCCAUAUUCUAUAUUUUAAAUCAAUCCACAUUAUCCAUAGUAUUUGUUACAUUACAAGUGGGUUUCAAAUCCUGCCAAUGUUUCCAUCUGCUUGCAGUGGUCUCUUAGAUAAAUUAUAUUUUUUCCCCAUUCUUUUUAAAAGUUUUUGUCCUGAGUUAAUGUGUUUGGUUCGUGAGUUAAUGUGUUUAAAACGCUUGCAUAAUAAUAAUAAUAAUAAUAAUAAUUUUUAUUUAUACCCUCCCCUCCCCAUCCAAGGCUGGGCUCAGAGCAGCUAACAAGCAGUAAUAAAAACGAGCUGAACGAAUACAACAUUAAAAUAUUGAAACAUUAAAAUGUUAAAAUGCAGCCUCAUCACAGGAGGAGAAAGCAAAAGGAAAGAGGGGGAGGGAAUCAAAUUGGCUCCAAGCCAAAGGCCAGGCAGAACAACUCUGUCUUACAGGCCCUGCGGAAAGAAAUCAGAUCCUGCAGCGCCCUGGUCUCAUGAGGCAGAGCGUUCCACCAAGUCGGGGCCAGUGUUGAAAAGGCCCUGGCUCUGGUUGAAGCUAAUCUGACUUCCUUAGGGCCCGGGACCACUAGGGUGUUGCUAUUUAUGGACAUUGGAAGUAGGAAUAGACUGAUCCAGAGUGGGUAAACACUCUGCCUGCAUAAAACCCCACGGGUAUCCUGGAACAUAGGAAGUUGCCUUACACCGAGCCAGACCAUUGGUCCCUCUUGCUCAAUAUUGCCUACACUGACUGGCAGCAGCUCUCCAGGGUUUCAGACAGGGAUCUCUCCCAGCCCUACCGGGAGAGACCAGGGGUUGAACCGGCAAAGCUGUUGCUCUGCCACUGAGCUUAUGGCCCUUCCUGACCUGCUGAGCGGCAAGCACAUUCAUGCGCACCCAUGCUCACGCUCCAUGGAAUAAGUGGCAAAUCUUUUCUCGUGGCACCAGGUACCAAAGUCUUUGUCAUGCCUAAUGGGAUGCUGAAAAGCAACCAGCAGCUGGUGGACAUCAUUGAGAAGGUGAAACCUGAGAUCCGGCUGCUCAUUGAGAAAUGCAACACGGUGAGUGCUGGGCUGCCUUUUCCUUUUUUUUUUAAAAAAAAUAAUAUUUAUUACUUUCCAACAAUUUAGACAUUACAUAGAAAAAGAAAAUAUACAAUACAAUACAAAAACGAUACCUAACACUAAACUAACAAAAACAAUUUAAACUAAGAAAACAAAACAAAAACAAUUGAAAACACAUCAAAUAGUUUCAGUCUUUCAUUCACUUAUUUCCAUGACCUCCUCACACCUCCCUUUUUGUAUUCCACUUCUAUUAGUUAUUUCAGCAAUUCCUUUCCAUCUUCCUCUGCUUUCUAUCCUAUAAUUAUCUUAACACAUUUUGACCUUAUUUUUCCCUUUAAUUCUCUAUUAAUCUAUUUAUACUUAAUUCCUUAUAACAUUUCUACUAAAGCCAUAUAACUUCAUUCCAACAUUUUUCUAACAUUCAUUGAUUUUACAAUAUUUCUGUAAAUAGUCUUUAAACUUUUUCCAAUCUUCUUCCACCUUUUCCUUCCUCUUUGGGCUCGGAUGCUUUUCAGAUCUGUUUCCUGUGGUGGUACUCUGAACAGCAGGGAUAAAAUCAAACAUGCUUUUUUUCAGUUAACUCCUCAGAGAGAACGAGGUGGCUAAUCAUGCAUAUCAGCAAGGAUGUGGGGUCACAGAUCUGGCCUCUGCUUGCAUGUUACUGUGGCAAACCUGGUAUGAAGUUUGCUUAGUCUUGCUGAGGUGCCUAGACUUCAGAUGAGAAACUGGUGCCUUGUGUGACUGAAUCCUUCUCUGAAUCCCAGCAUGGUGUAGUGGUUAAGAGCGGUGGACUUGUAAUCUGGUGAACAGGGUUUGAUUCCCCACUCCACAUGCAGCUGCUGGGUGACCUUCUCUGAAGUCUCUCAGCCUCACUCACCUCACAGAGUGUUUGUUGUGGGGGAGGAAGGGAAAGGAGAUUGUUAGCCACUUUGAGACUCCUUAAGACAGCGGUUCUCAACCUGUGGGACCCCAGAUGUUGUUGGACUACAACUCCCAUCAUCCCUGAACUCUGGCCUUGCUAGCUAGGGGUGGUGGGAGUUGUAGUUCAGCAACAUCUGGGGACCCACAGGUUGAGGAAGGCUGCCGUAAGGGGAGUGAAAGGCGGGAUAUCAAGUCCAAACUCUUUUUCUUCUUCAUACCAGCAUAUACAGUGGUGCCCUGCAAGACGAAUGCCUCACAAGAUGAAAAACCCGCUAGACGAAAGGGUUUUCCGUUUUUCGAUGCGCUUCGCAAGACGAAUUUCCCUAUGGGCUUGCUUCGCUAGACGAAAAAGUCUUGCGAGUCUUGCGAUUUUUUUCACUCCCCCCCCCUUUUUCUAAGCCGCUAAGCCGCUAAUAGCCUUUUAGCCGCUAAGCCGCUAAGCCUUUAAUAGCCGCUAAACUGCUAAACCGCUAAUAGCACUAAGCCGCUAAGCCGCUAAUAGGGUUGCUUCGCAAGACGAAAAAACCGCUAGACGAAGAGACUCGCGGAACGGAUUAUUUUCGUCUUGCGAGGCAACACUGUAUUUUUAUUUUAUGAUUUAAAAGCAUUUCAUAGACCACUUUUUUCUUUCUUUAAAAAAAACCUAAAUAGUAUUCAAAAACACUGUAAAAACAGUGAACAGCAUUAUAACAAAUGAAAAGCAGAAAUAACAGGGUGAGAUCUUAUGGAUCAAGGAAAGACCAGGCAGAAAGAUAUAUCUUUGCAUGGCCUGGAUAGCUCAGUUGGUUAGAGAUUGGGACUGAUAACGCCAAGGUUGCAGGUUCGAUCCUCAUAUGGCACAGCCUUGCUGGGGGUUGGACUAGAUGAUCCGUAGGAUCCCUUCCAACUACAGUUUUAUGAUUCUAAGACAUCUGAAUCAAUUAAUAGACCAUGCGUUACAUAUGAUAAAAGGAAGUGCAUUCCACCGUGCAGUGGAAACAGCAGAAAACGCCCUUUUUCAGGUUGCUGUCCUGAGAUAGUCUGCAGAAUGUGAUGCCGCUUUAAAUUCCCCCCUAGAGCUAGGUGAUCUUACAGGUCUAUACAGGUCUUUCCGGUAACCUGGUCCUAAGUUGUUCAGCGGUUCUAUAUGUUGGUAACAAGAUUUUGGACGUGGUCUGGUAGCCAACUGGAGCCAGUGCAGUUCCAUCAGCCCAGGUGUAAUAUGUACACAUUGAGGUGUUCCACUCAGCAACUUAGCCACAGCCUUCUUGGCCAUGGAAAUCUAGCAUACCGGGAAGCAAGUUAGCUUAGAAUUCUCUCUGUCUCUGUGAUCUGUUGGUUUUCUGUGCAUGGGAAUGUUUUGUUUGUAUGGAGGAGCGUUCAGCCAUGUGACAACACUCCCUUCUGUGGUCUAAAGACCCCUAGGUUUGGGUUUACCAUCUCAGUGAAAAGUGGGCCAGUGUUGGGUUUGAAUGCAGGAGACUAGAUUUCAAAUCCUUGUUUGGUUUUGGAGUUUUAAUUGUUCUGCAGCAAGUGUUUUUAGGGACGCGAGUGGCGCUGUGGGUUAAACCACAGAGCCUAGGACUUGCUGAUCAGAAGGUCGGUGGUUCGAAUCCCCACAAUAGGGUGAGCUGCCAUUGCUCGGUCCCUGCUCCUGCCAACCUAGCAGUUUGAAAUCACAUCAGAGUGCAAGUAGAUAAAUAGGUACCGCUCCGGCGGGAAGGUAAACGGCGUUUCCGUGCGCUGCUCUGGUUCGCCAGAAGCGGCUUAGUCAUGCUGGCCACAUGAUCCGGAAGCUGUACGCCGGCUCCCUCGGCCAAUAAAGCGAGAUGAGCGCCACAACCCCAGAGUCGGUCACGACUGGACCGAAUGGUCAGGGGUCCCUUUACCUUCACCUUUAAGUGUUUUUAACACUUGAUUGGAAACCGCCCAGAGUGGCCGGGGAAGCUCAGCCAGAUGGGCGGGGUAUAAAUAAUAAAUUAUUAUUAUUAGUCUCUCUGUCUCGGCCUGAACUGCCUGGCGCAGAUGCUGCAGGUAGAACAGUCUGCCAGCCGUUUUCAGUGUAUACAGCUAAGCAGUGGCACCUAUUUAAUAUGGCAUAUUCUGCCCUGCAGGUCAAAAUGUGGGUGCAGCUGCUGAUUCCCAGGAUAGAGGACGGCAACAACUUUGGCGUUUCUAUUCAGGUAGGUCAGCAGUUGGGGGGCGGGGGCAGAAUCCUGAGGAACUGUCCCUUUCUGGGGUGGUGAGCACAAUCAGAAUUUCAGGAACCAAAGUGCUUUUUCUGAGCAGGAGCAGUCACCAUUAAGAAAAAGCGGUAGGAAAAGGGGAAUAUAUAUUUGGACUGCCUCUGGAUCAAGGCACUUUUCUUCUUUUAAGUUCUCAGCAUCCUUAACCUAGCUCAAGGUUGUCAUCUGAAGUAGCCAUACAUUUAGCAGUCACAGUCAGUCCAUCAUUUGAAAAAUAAGACUUUAGAGCCAUCUUACCCAAAAAUGGCAACUAGACCACGGGUAGGCAAAACUAAGGCCCGAGGGCCGGAUGCAGCCCAAUCGCCUUCUCAAUCCGGCCUGCGGACGGUCCAGGAAUCGGCGUGCUUUUACAUGAGUAGAAUGUCUCCUUUUAUUUAAAAUGCAUCUCUGGGUUAUUUGUGGGGCAUAGGAAUUCGUUCAUUUUUUUUCUUCUUUUGGAAAUAUAGUCCGGCCCUCCACAAGGUCUGAGGGACAGUGGGCCGGCCCCCUGCUAGAAAUGUUUGCUGAACCCUGAACUAGACAAUUCCAUUUUGGUGACUGUAACCUUGGUUUAAGGAGCCAUUUGGCACCUAGCUUAUAGAUCUGAGUUUCUAACAUUUUUGGCCAAGGCUGAUUGGGUGGCUCUUUCUGCCUUGCUGGGGCUCAGGCCUCCAGUUCAUGGCAGAGACUCAUCAGCAUGACCGGUUAAGAUAUUGGUUGGCUACGUCCAGGUCUGAGUACACCUGAAAAUUCUCUCAAAUGUUUCUUUGUUGGCUCCUUCCUUUGCAGGAAGAGACUGUGGCAGAGCUCCGAACUGUGGAGAGUGAAGCAGCUUCAUAUUUGGACCAGAUCUCUAGGUGGGUGCCUUUUCACGGCUUGGCGCAGAGUGCCUUCAGAGGCUGGCUUUUGUUGCAGAGGGGUCUUUCCCUCUGUAGUGUAAGCUGUUUGGGCACCCCCUUGCUAACCGUUGAACCACCUCUCUUGCUUCCUUUUCAGAUACUACAUCACACGGGCAAAGCUGGUUUCUAAAAUAGCUAAAUAUCCCCAUGUGGUAAGUGCAGGUAUUAAGGUGAUAGCUGAACUUUUAAUAAUAGCAUUAGAGAAGUGGCUAAAAGGCUUCCUGACUGAACCCUUGGGGAAUAUUGUUGUCGUGAGGGUCUGCUUCGAAUUAAAUUCUGGAGCACGUCGGUCUCGGCUUCUGUUUCUGUGGGUUUUGCGUAGGCCUGUUGUCUCUUCCGACCAGUUCUUGAUUGUCAACAUCCUUUUGGGUUGGGGUUGGAGUCUAGGUAUACUGAUGGUAGUGACUGAGAAGACCCCGAGAAAAUGGCAGCUUUGCAGGUGACUCUCGGCUGGGAGAUGGAAUGAGACAGCAAGUCCACUUAGUGCAAAGCAAUUCUGGCUAAAUAACUGUCUCUGUAGGAGGAUUACCGUCGCACGGUGACUGAGAUGGAUGAGAAGGAAUACAUCAGCCUGCGGCUCAUCAUUUCGGAGCUCAGAAAUCAAUAUGUAAGUCCAGUCUUGAAGGCGAUUCAUAACACCUCCUUGUGCACAAACCCUAUUAAGGUGCUUGAGGGGCCAGUUGAGCCAGUUUUGCAGAGGGCUGGUCUCUCAACCAGUUAUUAAUUGCCAAGGCCUCUUAGGGUAGAUGGGACGCGGGUGGCGCUGUGGGUUAAACCACAGAGCCUAGGACUUGCCGAUCAGAAGGUCGGCGGUUCAAAUCCCCGCGAUGGGGUGAGCUCCCGUUGCCAGGUCCCUGCUCCUGACAACCUAGCAGUUCGAAAGCACGUCAAAGUGCAAGUGGAUAAAUACCGUAUUUUUCGCUCUAUAGGAUGAACCCGACCAUAGGACGCACCUAGUUUUUAGAGGAGGAAAACAAGAAAAAAAAUAUUCUGAGUCAAAUGUUGUGUAAACUACUGUAUUUAAUAAACAACCGGUAUAUCAGAAUCAUAUUACAACCAUGUAAAGUGAACAGCGGUCAACAAUGGCAUUAAGAACCAUCAUCACUGUCAGUAACAAAUGAAGAGAGACUUUAAGGUUUGAGUACUCUUCUAGUCUUCUGUGAACCCCAAGAACUCAUCACUGCUGGAGUCAGAAUUUAUGAAGCUCAGUUGCUCACAAUCACUGACAUCACUUUCUUUGCUAGCUUCAUGUAAAAUACCAUCUUCGUUGCCCGCUGCUCGCAAACAUUCCCUUUACUUGAAUUACAGUCAAGAAACAGCUGAGCAGAGCCUCUCUAUCUUUAAAGAGCCGCACUGAGCGAGCGUGUCUGCUGCUGGCUUUUCUUGUUUUCCUCCUCUAAAAACUAGGUGCGUCUUAUGGUCGGGUGCGUCUUACAGAGCAUUGCCGAGGCCUCUUAGGGUAGAUGGGCCCCUUCUUCCUGGAGUAUGCGGUAUGGCAUCACUUGUCUAGGUAAUAGCGAGCUCUGCCUUUUUAGCCUGGGUGUGUGUGUGCAAAAAAUUCGUUUGCAAGCCGGAUCCUCCCUGAGCCAAGAAGAAACCAACCCCUGUCUCCUCUCCCGCCAGGUGACUCUCCACGACAUGAUCCUAAAGAACAUUGAGAAGAUCAAGCGACCCCGGAGCAGCAACGCCGAGACCCUCUACUGAGCUGUCGACAAUCUGAACUCAUGAACUGUUCAGUAGGCUCAAGGCAGCCCUUUUGCCUCAGUUUAUGUGACUAUCAAGAUGGGGAAUCUGGCUGGAAACAGUCCUCACCACACUUUUAGUUAAAAAAAAAAAAAUCUAAAGAAACUCUCCUAGCUCUUUCUGGUUGGUUUUUAUUUGGGUCUCGGGAUUUGCCCCCCACCCACCCCCAUCUCUUGACAUCCGAAAGGUAUGGGGCAGAGCUGCUCUUCCUGCGUGGGUGGGAACAGGAAAGCGGCCAACCUUCCCCAGGCAACCAUCCCUGUGCCAGCAGUCCUGAAUGACCCUGUUCUGUAGCAGCCGGGAGGAACCCUUCCCUUCUAGGUAGCGUAUCUUUGAACUGGUCGAGAGCAGCGUCAAGUUCUGCUGGACCAGUUCAGUCUUCCCAUUGAAAAAUGCAUUUGGGGGGAAUCGAGUGCCCUUUUCAUCUCACAUGGCUGUCCAUGCCCACUGUCCAAUCACGCAGAUUCUGAUGCCACUGUGUUGAGUUUUCCCUUCCUGCCCCCCCUCCCCCCGUUGAUUCGUUGUUCUGAAUCUACAGUAAUCUAUUCCGGAUUACGUACUGCACUUAAGCAGCUCUCUUCUCAACACAGCACUCCUUUUGCCUGGCAGGUAAACCCAGUGGAACCCUUGAGUGCAGUGGGCGUUCUCUGGAUUUCGGGCUGGGGCAGCGCUGGAUAGACAGACAGUUAGCCCUGCAGAAUCGGCUUGCCUGAUACUGGCACGGCCGAGCGAGUGCUGAAGGACCGGAGAAUUUCCCCGUCUUCGUUCUUCUUCUCUCCCACCCGAAUAUAACAAGCCUAGCGGUUGUUCCUGGAGGGGCCCUUUCUGACCUUCAAGAAACCCCAGGAAAGCGUGUCUAGGUUUUGGCCCUUUGCUGCGUGAACGAAUCCCGCUGGGAUUCUUUGGUUUUGCUCUUUUCUAGUCUUCAAGCGAGCAGGUAGGGGGCACCAACUAAUAGGAGUGCUUCAGUUUCCCUUGAGAUCUACUCUUAGUCUUUAUAUUCCUCUUGUGCCGUAGUAUUGUGAGUGGUGUUAGAUAUGUAAAAACAGUGGCAGCGUGAAUGCCGUUUAUCGGCCCCUCUCCCUUCCCUUGGUUGCUAUUUUUAUUUUUAAAGAAAUCUCUGCCAGCCUCCUAAGAGCACAGGAAGCUCAUCUUCCCUGUGCCCUUUGCAGAUGCCUUUGUUAUUGUCAUUUGUAGCUGGGCAAACCUUAGUCUUCCCUGGAGUGCAGACUCUUGCGACAGCUGCCGUUGUAGCUGCAUCCCGAGAGUAGUCCUCUCCUGCGUUUCUUUGUAUCGGCUGCUUUGUUGGAUUGUUCAUAUUUCCUUGCCACAUUGAACGUAUGUACAACUUUUACUAUGUUGACAAAUUAAAAGUAAUAGGUACUUUGAAUUCA